AUGGCGUCCCAAUCCUCCCAGGCCGAUCAACAGCAGCAGCAGCAGCAGCAGUCAUCUCAGUCACAGCAACCAAAUGCCUGGGAGAAAGCAGAGCGGAAGUUUGCCAAUAAGAAUGCGAGUGAAUACUAUGAUCCGUGCCAGGAUUUCGCGGAUCGAAGCCUCAAAUGCAUGAAACGGAAUGCCUUUGACAAGGAGAUGUGCGGUGAUUACUUCCAGUGCCGUUUCCGGCCUUACGAAGCUAAAUUGUCUCAUAGAGCUUAUCGAGACUGUAAAAAGCAAUGGUUGACUCAGAAGAAGUUCUCCUAG